UUAAACGUAACGUAAACUGGCUGAUGAUAAAUCGAAAGUAGAAUUACCUCCCCUUUACCGUCGUCAUUCUUGCCACGUCAGGCGAGGUCAGCACUGUUCCAAGAUGGCUUCCUCCCUGAGAGAGAAGCAAAUCCAGGCUUUAAAACGUAUGAUAAACUUUAAUCAGCCUCCAACGAAAGCCACGUCGUCGGAACCACAAUGGAAAGUUUUAGUGUACGAUCGCUUUGGUCAGGAUAUAAUCUCACCACUUAUGACGGUGAAAGAACUUCGAGAUAUGGGGGUAACGCUUCAUCUCAACUUGCAUUCAGAUCGAGAUCCCAUUCCCGACGUGCCGGCUAUAUAUUUUGUGUUACCGACAGAUGACAACAUACAAAGAAUUUGUAGAGACUUUGGUAACCAAUUGUACGAGUCCUAUUUCCUGAAUUUUAUUUCGGCAGUUCCACGCCAAAAACUGGAAGACAUUGCGAGUGCUGCCAUUCAACAGAACUGUGUACAUCAAGUUUCAAAAGUGUUUGACCAAUAUUUGAACUUCAUUUCUCUUGAGGAUGACAUGUUCGUACUUAGAAACCAGGAGAGGGACAGCAUAUCGUACUAUGCCAUAAACAAAGGAGAUGUAAAAGACACAGACAUGGAAUUCAUAAUGGACACGGUUGUUGACAGUUUGUUCUGUGUAUUUGUCACACUGGGUGUGGUACCUGUUAUAAGAUGUCCGCGAGGUAAUGCAGCGGAAAUGGUGGCUGAAAAACUGGAUAAAAAACUUCGUGAAAAUCUACGAGAUGCGCGUAAUAGCUUUUUCACAUCAGAUAGCAUUCAGACUGGUCAGUUCAGUUUUCAACGCCCACUUUUGGUUUUACUAGACCGUAAUAUUGAUUUAGCUACAAUGCUGCAUCACACGUGGACAUACCAGGCCUUAACACAUGAUGUGUUCAAUCUUCAACUUAACAGGGUUGAGGUAGAAGAAACUGUUGAGGCAAAAUCUCCAGGUGGCGCAGCAAUGAAAAAGAAGAAAAGUUACGACUUGAACCCUACUGAUCGAUUUUGGCAAGCCCAGAAAGGUAGCCCAUUCCCAAUGGUGGCAGAAGCAGUCCAGGAAGAACUUGACUCAUAUAGGGCGCAGGAAGAAGAGGUCAAGAAGCUGAAGGCUGUCAUGGGACUUGAGGGUGAGGAUGAAUCCGCUAUCAGUCAGCUGUCGGACACAACAGCCAAGCUUACUUCAACUGUUAGCAACCUUCCGGAGCUGCUGGAGAAGAAACGUUUGAUUGACAUGCAUACUAACAUUGCCACAGCAGUACUUGGUCAGAUUAAGGCACGGAAACUUGAUGUUUAUUUUGAAACAGAGGAAAAGCUGAUGAGUAAGGCUGUAUUGGAUAAAUCUCUGAUGGACAUGAUAUCUGAUCCUGACUCGGGAACACCUGAAGACAAAGUGAGGCUGUUCAUCAUAGCAUUGAUAUGUGGGCCUCCCAUGAGUGAAGCAGAGAUUGACCAAUACUGUGUAGCAUUGCAGGGAGCUAACUGUGACAUUUCCCCGAUCAGUUACAUGCGGCGGUGGAAGGCAUACACCAAAAUGACGACCGCACCUAGUCAGUAUGGGGGAGGAGGAACAAAGACUGUCGGAAUGUUCUCCAAACUCAUGAAUACUGGUUCACAGUUCUUAAUGGAAGGUGUGAAAAACCUCGUCAUCAAGAAACAUAAUCUGCCUGCUACAAGAAUCAUUGAUGCAUUGAUGGAAAUGAAAACGCUACAAGAUGUCGAAGAUUUCCGAUACUUUGACCCAAAACUCCUUCGAGCUGAUGCAUCUACUGUACCCAGAAAUAAGUCUCCAUUCCAGGAGGCGUAUGUGUUUGUGGUAGGGGGAGGUAACUAUAUAGAGUAUCAGAACCUGAUGGACUAUGUAAAGACAAAGUCUAGUGCAGCAGGACAAAGAAGGAUUGUGUAUGGCUGUAGUGACAUUUCUAGUGCCUCCCAGUUCCUAAAACAACUUGCACAUCUAGGCAAGGAAAUGGGAUAGAUAUAGGCAAUGUUGUAACUUAACUUCAAGAUAUACUUUAAUUUCAACACAGUGACAGUCAGUAUUCACAUUUUAUGCCAACAUUGAUUUUACAACAUUUGGCAUAAAGAUGAAUUAUAAUUACAGUGUACGUACAUAGAAUUAUGAACGAUUGUUAUUUAAUGUAAUUAUUGUCUUUCGUGAACAUGUCACCAGCAUUUAACAACUCUAAAAAUAACUGGCUGCAUAUUAUUGCGUGAGAAUUAUAAAGAUAUUGGAAAGUGAAACAGUUUCAAAACAAACCUUACCAAGUGUAUAUGACAAUACAGGACUUUGGGAAUUUAAAGUAAAUAUAUUGUCAUUUUCUGUCAUCAAUAUGACCUGACAUUAUAAUCUCACUGCAUUUCAUUGUAAAAUCUGAGAUAAAUUUCAUUACAAGUAAUUAAAAUUGAAACCAGAGAACUUGCAUGAUAUUGUAGUCUAUGCCAACUCUCGCAUUGUAUGAAAUGCCAAUCCAUUGUAGUUUAAAGCAUAAGUUAUAUGAAAUGCACAUAAUUUAUGCACGUCUUUAGAUUAUUGUAUUUAAUGAAGUCCAUUAUGCAUGCAUCGCAUCUAUCUGAAUUUUGCUUUAAAUUCUUAAAAAAAUCUUUAUCACAAUACAUUACAAGACAGUUUUUGACUUAAUAAAUAUUCAUAGCAAUUGCAUUCUGAUUAACCAGGGUAUUUAGUAUGAAUUACAAUGCAGACUGUCGUAUUUGUGUAGCAUAUGCAUAUCUCGUCCCCAGGCCAUCUGAAAAAAAAAUCUUAUCUUUAAAAUAUUUAUGAGAAUUUUAAAUUGACUGCUGGUUAGUACUCUAGAUAUGAAAUGAUUUUUUCCUGAAGUUUAAACUCUAAGUAUUAAAAUUUUUUUUCUCAAAAUUAACUGCUCCCCAAUUAAAAAAUAAUAGGAUUAAAUCAUUUUAAAAUUUUAUCAAGAAUUCAUUGUACUUUUUGUCCCAUUAUCAAUCUGAAUUAAUCUAUAUAUUUGGCAUGUAGUUAAAUUUUUUACAUUACAUUUGAAUUUUUCAUUUGCAAUUUAAUGCUGUCGUCCCCAUAGUCUAGAAAUGAAGAGUGAAAGACAGUUUGAAACACUUUAUUUAUUUGAAAUGACAUGUAGAUAAUGCUGUAAGUAUUUGUGUGGUUACUGAUUAAAUUGAUGAGGAUAUAUGUC